AUGUCAUCUUCAGAAAGAAUUGAAGAAAAAAUCGGUUUAGAAACAAAUGGAAAGAAGGAAGAAAUUAGGGAAGGAUCUAAUGUCGAAGUGGUGGAACACAAACAUGUUGAGGUUGCUGAUGAUAUUCCUCCGGAACUAGAAGAAUUGCUUCAUACUGAUCCUUCUCAUGGAUUAACUACUGACGAGGCUCUAAAACGGCUGGAACAAUUCGGUC